GGGGGAAGGGAGGACGUAGGCUAAAUGCGCAUCUGUGUGUCCAGACACCGGCUAUUGUAAAAGCGGCACAAUCGUCGUUACAAAUACAAAUUAAAACAGAUGACUAACUUUUAACUUGUAUCCCCCCUCCCAUCCACACGGAACUGCCGUCUGAUAUGGUUUAUCUCUUCACCUGGAUGGAUGACAGCCCUUCAUAGAAGACUUUCUAACAGUGAUGGUCUCUCUCUUACAGGAGUUUCCUUGCAUCCCAAUGGUCAAUUCUUUACCUGACGACUAAGGAGUCCACGCGCAUCUAUCGUCCGUAUUUAAACACAACCAAUUGCAAAAUGUUUCCCAUAGUGUCCAGCGCAACAGCGUUGCCCAUUAAUGAAUAUUUGUAUAAAAUAAUAGUUACUUUGAUUUCAAGUUUUUUUUGACCGAAGUUAAACAUGGACAGAGAGCGCAAAACGAUGACAGAAUUCUGGAAGGAGCACUCCAGACAAGCCACGGUGGAGGAGAUGAUGCUGGACUCUCACGCCCAGGAGCUGACCCAGCAGGAGUUGCCAGAGAUCCUGUCCCUGCUGCCUUCUCUGGCCAGUCAACGCAUUCUAGAGCUGGGCGCUGGCAUCGGGAGAUUCACCAGCCAUCUCCUGACCAUGGCUGACCAUGUGACCGCUGUGGACUUUAUGGAGAGCUUUGUGAAGAAGAACAAGCAAAACAACCGCCACCAUAGCAAUGGCGUUUUCAUCCAAGCUGAUGUCACCAAAUUGGAUUUUCCCAAAAAUAGUUUUGACCUGAUCUUCUCUAACUGGUUGCUAAUGUACCUGAGUGACGAGGAGCUCAGCUCUCUGACAGAGAGGAUGCUGGGAUGGCUGGCACCCGGUGGCCACCUCUUCUUUAGGGAGUCCUGUUUCCACCAAUCAGGAGAUUGUAAGAGGGACUUUAACCCCACCCACUACCGUACCCCCACACUCUACAGCCACUUGAUGACAUCAGCACAGUGGGAGGGGUCAGAUGGCACAGAGAAACAGGUGUAUGGUUUUGACAUUGUGGUCAACAAAAAAGUCCAGACCUACAUUAAGAUGAAGAACAACCAGAAUCAGGUGUGCUGGCUGCUGGAGAAGGUUGGCCGCCAGGCAACCGUCCAGGGGAGCUUCACCACCUUCCAGCAGUUCCUGGACAACCAGCAGUACACUCGCCGUGGCAUCCUGCGCUAUGAGAAGAUGUUCGGAGCCGGUUACGUCAGCACGGGUGGACCCAGCACUACCAAGGAGUUUGUGGACUUCCUGAACUUGAAGCCUGGACAGAAGGUUCUGGACAUAGGUUGCGGUAUUGGAGGUGGGAACUUCUACAUGGCAAAGAACUUUGGAGUGGAAGUCUUGGGCAUAGACCUGUCUGCCAAUAUGGUGGAUAUUGCUGUGGAGAGAGCAGAUGCAGAAAAAAUAUCAUCUGUUGAUUUUGAAGUAGCAGACGCCACAAAGAGGUCGUUUCCAGAGGGUUCUUUUGACGUGGUCUAUAGUCGAGACACCAUUCUGCACAUUGAUGACAAACUGGCCCUCUUCAAGCGCUUUCACUCAUGGCUGAAGCCAGGUGGUCAACUGUUGAUCAGCGACUACUGCUGUGGAGAGAAGCCCUGGAGUCCUCAGUUUGAGCAGUAUGUCAAGCAGAGAGGCUACAUCCUAUACACACCACCUCAGUAUGAAAAGUUCAUCGAGCAAGCAGGUUUUUCCAGUUUGCGGGCUGAGGACAGGACAGCUCAGUUCAUUCAUGUGAUUAAAAUGGAACUGGAGAGAGCAGCGACUCUAAAGGAAGAGUUUAUAGAGGAGUUCUCUGAGGAGGACUACCUCGCGAUUGUGAACGGGUGGAGGGAAAAACUGCAGCGUUGCAAUUCUGGGGACCAACGCUGGGGGCUGUUCCACGCCACCAAAAAAUGAAAAACAGGGGGAAUGAAAAAAAGGGGAAAGAGAACAAAGAUAAGCGAUAAAGAGAGAGAGAGGGAGGGGGGGGGGGUAAACGUUAUACUGCAUCCCUUAACAAGUGGACCAAUCCUCUGUCUGUCUCUUAGUUGAGCUUCUGUCAGAUAAUCUGCAACAGAUGAAAUAUACAGUAAGACCUGUGUGGGUUGUUUUAUUUGUAAAUUUAGUAGUGACAUUAACUUUUAUUUUGAAGUGAGGUAAGUCAUGUCCAGUCAUUUCCUGAUAAUUUUGUUUCUAGCAUUUUAUCCUAGUUUGAGAAAUUAAACCAUAAUUUAUUCCGAAUAGAAAUCAGAUAAUUGUAAUCCCUAUUGAUUGCAUUCGAUGUUGUGCAGUCGGCAAGGCUUCUUUGUCUUGUUAUUGAAGGCACAUGUCCUGCUUGAAUUCGUGUUGUGGUUUGGUAACGCUUUGCAAAAUAAAUUUUGAUGACUCUU